AUGGAACCAGGAAACCAAACACGUGUUACAGAAUUUAUUCUCAUGGGACUCUCAGAAGAGGCAAAGAUGCAGCCCCUUCUGUUUGGGCUAUUCCUGUUCAUGUACCUGACCACCUUUAUUGGGAACCUUCUCAUUAUCCUGGCCAUUAUUACAGACUCCCACCUCCACACGCCCAUGUACUUAUUUCUCUCCAACCUGUCAUUUGUUGACAUCUGUUUCACCUCCACCACUGUCCCAAAGAUGCUGUUAAACAUUAAGACACAAAGCCACAUCAUAACCUAUGAAGGCUGCCUCAGCCAGAUGUAUUUUUUCAUGUUUUUUGGACAAUUAGACAACUUCCUUUUGACAGUGAUGUCCUAUGACCGAUUUGUGGCUAUCUGCCACCCACUGCAUUACACAGUCAUCAUGAGCCCCAAGUUAUGUGGCCUUUUGCUACUAGCAUCCUGGCUGCUGAGUGCUUUGGACUCUCUGCUGCAUGACUUAAUGAUUUUGCGACUCUCUUUCUGUACAGAGUUGAAAAUUCCCCACUUUUUCUGUGAACUUAAUCAAGUAGUCCACCUCGCUUGUUCUGACACCUUCCUCAAUGAUGUAGUGAUAUAUUUUGUAAUUGGACUUCUUGGUGUUAUCCCACUCACUGGGAUCUUUCUUUCUUACUCUAAGAUUAUAUCUUCCAUUUUGAAAAUGUCAUCAACUGAAGGCAAGUUUAAAGCCUUUUCCACUUGUGGGUCUCACCUUUCAGUAGUUUUCUUGUUCUAUGGUACAUUUGUUGGAGUGUAUCUUAGCUCUGCUGCUACCCAAAACCCCAUGGAAAGUGCAAUAGCUUCAGUGAUGUACACUGUGGUCACACCCAUGCUGAACCCAUUUAUCUAUAGUCUUAGAAACAAGGAUAUCAAGCAAGCCCUAAAAAAAAUGAUUAGCUAG